UCAUAAAAUGUGUUAAGGUUAUAUGUGUAACAAUAUGAACAUAGAAUAUGAUAAAUAGUAAGUAUGCAAUAAUACUACUUGAUAAGUAAAUAUUGGAAUAUUUUGUCAAUUUACGGUUAGUAGAAAGCGUAAUAACAUUGAAAAAUAUAGUAAUGUCGUGUGCAUUAAAAUUUUUAUGUUUUAAAAAUAUUCUGCCAAUACGACAUAUCCAAUCCGCAAAAUUUCUUCAUUCGCAAAGAUAUAUAACAAACAAUAUUCGAAGACUAUUCCCUCAAAAAGUCCCGAUCAAGACAAUUUUUAUCAGGAAUAUAAAACGGCAAAACAGUAUCAAGACAGAGUUGGCAUGUGAAAAAACAAUUUCUAAAUCAAAGGCAGUUGGGUAUUGGUUGUUAGGGUGUAGUGGAAUGGUUAUUGGUGCUGUAAUAUUAGGUGGUGUUACUAGAUUAACAGAGUCUGGUCUAUCAAUGGUUACUUGGAAAUUCUUAGGUGAAAAGAUUCCUAAGUCUGAUGAAGAGUGGAUUGUAGAGUUUGAAAAGUAUAAACAAUAUCCAGAAUUUAAAUACAAGAAUCAUACUAUCACUCUCGGAGAAUUCAAAUGGAUUUGGUACAUGGAAUUUGCUCACAGAAUGUGGGGUAGAACUUUAGGACUUGUUUUCUUAAUGCCCGCUAUUUAUUUCUGGUCAAAAGGAGCAUUUAAUAAAACAAUGAAGAUCCGUGUGCCCAUUUUUGGUUGUUUGAUUGCUGCUCAGGGACUUCUAGGGUGGUACAUGGUAAAAUCUGGCCUAGAGGAUAGGUUUCAAGGGGAAAAUGAUGUUCCUAAGGUUUCACAUUAUAGACUCGCCUCCCACUUAACUUUAGCAUUUAUUUUGUAUUCGUUGUUUCUAUGGUCUGCCUUAGAUCACCUGUUGCCUGCACAGACAUUAACUAAUAUCAGUCAACAGAGUUUAAAAACAGCAGGAACAUUUAGGAUGCUUGCUCAUAGUUGCAAGGGAUUUGUAUUCCUUACAGCAGUCUCUGGUGCUUUUGUUGCGGGUUUAGACGCUGGUCUCGUUUAUAAUUCCUUUCCAAAAAUGGGCGACAAAUGGAUACCAGAAGAAGUUUUAGCAUUAAAACCGAAAGCCUCCAAUUUUACAGAAAAUCCGGUCACAGUUCAAUUAGAGCAUCGCCUUUUAGGCACUACUACUUUGUGCUUGAUAAGUGGCUUGUGGCUUAUGUCAAGGCGUCUGAUCCUUCCGCCUAGAGCUUAUGCAGCUGUAAAUACAUUAGCGAUAAUGGUAUGGUUCCAAGUAACCCUAGGCAUUACCAGUCUGCUCACUUACGUCCCCGUACCAGUUGCGGCAUCUCACCAAAGCGGAUCUCUUGCGCUAUUAUCGUUUGCUGUUUGGCUUACUCAUGAACUCAAAAGAUUACCUAAAGCAUUAUAAAUUAAUAAACUUGCGUAUAUUUCUUUUACA